AUGCGGUUUCCUAUCAUCGUGCAGGCUUUCAGCAGCCCGUCUUGUCCACUGGCUCCCUCCCACAGUUCAAAACGGCCUGAUUCACGGCCAAGUGUGGAGAAGCAGGACAACCUCCACGCAGUCUCUUCCGCUCGGAAGGCCGUCCUUAUUGGUAUCAAGUACGCGCAUGGUCCCCGGUCGUUGCGCGUCGCUGGGGCGCAUGAGGACGUCCGCGCAACGAAAGAGUUGCUGACCAAGACAUACGGAUUCCCAUCAGAGGGUAUCACCGUUCUCAUGGAUCAUGACAGCGUUGAAGACAGACUCAAGCCUACAAGAGAAAAUAUCAUGCGAGAACUAGGUGCGCUGGUCCGGGAUGCAGAACCUGGCGGGGCUUACUUUGUCUUCUUUUCGGGGCACUGUGAGCAACUCGAGGAACCUGAGAGUGAAACAGGUGAUUACGAAGAAGAAGAUCGGCUGAAUGAGUGUAACGUCUGGUUCCGAUGGAUGCAGUACGCCACCAAGAAUCAGGAACUAAUUGUUUCGAUCGAGGAGAAUUUCAUCGUUGAUGAUGUAGGGCUGCUAAGUCCACUCGUCCAUAUCCCGGAAUUCAAAAUCUCUUGGCUUCUAGGUAGUGAAAGUCCCUCCUUGUCGACCCCAUCGCCAAAGCGGUGUUUGAUUGCUGUCAUAGCGGAACAGUUUUGGAUCUUUGCCACCACCGAUGUAACAGAACUUACAGCUUCAAGAGCAGAUACCGUCGUGUGCGCAGAAGACGCAGUCAGGGAGGCUUUCCCAGAAUCCGGUAAGACAGUUCGGGCUCUCAUCGAGCCGUGGACGGCGUUGGCUUUGGAAUGGCUCCAAAUUUCCAUCCCGGACCCGAUGAAGCAUACGGAAUUUUGUGACGGCUACUGUCCCAGGAUCAAUCGUCCUGAAGGAGGGAACGUGCUUUGUAUUUCCGCAUGCAAAGAUUCGCAACUCGCCUUUGGAAAUAUCGAGGGCGGAUCGCUGACGCGGGCACUUGUUACAACACUCAAGAAAGACCCCCAUCCGGUCCUCAAGGUCUUGUACCGAAGUAUCAGCGCUAGUGUCUAUUCGCUGGUCUGUAUCUCACUCUCUCAGGGUGGCUUACAUCUUAAUGUGGCAGUAGUUCUCGAGUAUAUGUCCCUUAAACAUGAGCAAGGCUUUCGAUCUUCAGGAGCAGAUCCCUUGAUGUCCGUUUUACCUUUCUGGUUUGAUUUUUCCCUCGAUUUUCCUGAAAAGCCUAUUCCGGACAAUCAUACCCAUUGA